AGUGUCCCUUUAACACAUAAUACUAUGAAGUCUAAGUUCUCACUCUGUCCAGAUCUCCCAGCACCAUGUUCCUCUUGCUGCUCCUCCUGGGUCUAGUGGCUACCCCAUGGGAGGUGGAGGGCAGGGCCGCACUGAAUGAAGAUGUCAAUGUGCUGGUCUAUGGGACGGUGCAACUGGGACAGGCGGUGGGGAACACCUACAGUUCCACCGCUGAAAAACUACAAAGGGUCGAGGAUAGGCGAAGCCGGCAAGAAAAGAAUCUGGAAAAGCUGCAGGAGGAGGUUGCCAGAGCCAGGCAGGAGGAAAGGAGGCUAGCGGCAGAAGUUGAAAGGCUGCAGAGCGAGGAGGAGGAGAUCCGGUCUCUCUCCAGUGUGAUAAUGUUAGAGCUCCGAGAUUUACAGAAAGGAUACGAAGAACUAAAAACGAGGGUUCGUAGCCUGGAAAAUGUAUUACCAGAUGCCCUGGCCCUUAAGGCUCAAGUGGAACGACAACACCUGACACUACAGGUGGUAGCUGAAGCAGUGAAUCAGCAGCAGGAACAGAUAGCAAAUCAAAGAAUACAGCUAAAUCACAUCCUGAAAAAGGCUUCUAUUACAGAUUGAAACUAACAAGCUGGCUGCAAAGACUCGCUAUCAGUUUUUUUCCUGCAUUCUCAACCUUUUCCUCGGUGCCCUGACAGAAGACUGGAAUAAAAGAAGGGGACUGGAGUUUGGGAUUACAAGGUAGAGUUCCAGAAGUGGAAACAUUCCAUAGGUCUGCAUGCUGAUUGUACGGCUCAUACGACGAUGCCCUAUAACAGACUUUUACCCAGAAUGCCAGUUGUGUUCUCUCCCAUGAUGUGGCACAGAACACGUACAAG